AUGGGCGGCUUCGUUGUCGAUACUCGGAGUCUGGAUCAGAAGUAUCUUCCCAAGGGACGGCAGAGGAUGACAUUGACACCAGAAGGCCUCAAAUUCAUCGCCGAGCACACCCCUGAUCUCGUCCCGGAUCUACCCGAAUCUGCGAUAAUAGACAAGAGCAAGGCGAAUGCGUUCACGAAGCUCGUGACAUGCGGACAAGCGCUAUGGUAUAGCUUGCAUAUGCUAUUUACCAUGGUUUCGCUAUCCCCACGACUAGAUCAGGCUCAGAUUCUGUUGGGCUGGAUUUCGCUAAGAUAA